AUGCAUUAGUCACAAAAUUAUAACAGAAUAUCAAUAGCUUAAAAAGAAAAGACAGAAUUAACAGCUUAAGAUUUCAAAAAGUUUAUUUCAAUUUCUAAUUAGAUUACUUUAAACACGAAUUACUUAGACAAAAGAAGAAAUUGAUAAAUUAGAAAUUAAAUUAGAAUUAUUUAAACCUGAGAAUGCAAAAUCAUAAAAUCAGAAAUAAUAUUUUCAUGAUAGAAGAAAAUUCAUAUUCACAAAUAUUAGAUUGUAGAAUAUAUAUAAAAAAUUAGAUUAUAAGCUCAUCUUGGUAAAUUAAUUUAGAAUCAAGCCCUUUUAGAAGAUGAAAAUAUAGAAGAAGCUAAAUUAGAAAAUAUAUUAGGUUCAAUAUAAGAUUUAAGUCAUUAAAAUUUGGAAAUUAUGAAAAACUUUUAAACUCUCAAUCAAGUACCUGAUGAUCAACCCUUGCCACCUGAUUUUAUUAUGAUGAGUGAAAGGGUAGCUAGAAAUUACAAAGUUAUAUAAACUCAAGAAGAAAUAGAUGAUAAAUUUGAUAAAUUAAACAAUUACUUUUAAAAUGAGAUAUAGAAAUAUUACAAAAAUCCAAUCUCUGCUCCAUAUCUUAAAUUUGUGCCCAAAAUUAUAUGA